AUGAUAUUCAACAAUAGUUUCAACAAUAGAAAAUAUCAACAAGUUGGUUCUUAUGUUGAUGAUAAAAUUACGAAAAACGAAAGCAGAUGCCAUGUCUAUUCACUUCCAUAUGAAUUUAAUACUUUUCUUCAUCUAACCAGUUGUUUUCCUGGUGGAAUGUUCGAUAAAGUUAAAUCGUUGACAAUGACCGAUCAACGUUUAUUUGAACAUGAAUUAUUUGAAAAAAUUUCUCGCGACUUUUCUUACCUUCAGGAAUUAGUCGUACUUAAUUCUAAACCACAAAAAUAUAAGCAACGUACGUCUACAUUGAUUACAUUUGUUUAUCUAGUCAAAGUCGAUCUUCAUCUGGCACAUAUUGAUUAUGUUGAACAAUUUCUCUUGGAAACAAACACUCGUUUACCUCAUUUGAAAAAUCUCGUCAUCGAAUAUAAACAAUUGGCAAUGGUAACAAAUAAUUUCACAAGUGAUGCUGCACGUUGCAAUUGUAGUUAA